AAUAUAUUACUUAUUGAAAUCAAACAGUCUUUCUUCAAUUUUCGAGCACAGCAAAUCCAACACAAUGUCCGAUGCCGACGAAGCAGAAACGUCUGGUGCCGACGAAGAAGUUCAAUUCACUUUGAAAGCUGUAAUAAACAGACACAAAACAAAAGUACUAUUUGCAGAAAUUGACAGCCAAUUCGCCGACGCUUUGCUAAGCUUUCUAACGAUGCCACUGGGAAAAAUGGUGAAGCUCCUGAACGAUCAUUACAGAGAUGAAGCGCCGCCGAUUGGAAGCCUAACAAGUUUGUACAGCGGCUUAUCAAAUCUCGACAGCCGCCAUUUCUGGACCGAGGGUUGUAAGAUUAUGCUUCUCAAUCCAAGAAGCUCCUUGGAAUAUAAAUGUAGCAGAUUAAAACUCGAUAUUAACGAUACUCGUCUCGAAAAGUACUUUUGUUGCGAAGACCCGCGUUGUAGUCGUCCUAGGUACUCGAAUAUAAGCAUGCACCGCGACGUUGGUGUUUGCGCUUGUGGUAGAAGCCUUAACCGAGAAAUCGGUGUACGGAAUUCGUGUGAGCUAGCCGAUGGUGAUAGAGACGACGGAGUUUUUGUCGUAGCGAACGAGUCUUUUUUAAUCUCCGACGAUCUUCGGCUUGUCCCUAACGUGGCUGGAUCGGUAAUGGGUACUCUGAAGAAUCUCGGGAUUACGGAUAUGGAUGGAGCCGAGUUAAGGAAUGUGGUUUUCGGAUUCGACGAGGUUAUCGAUUUGCUGAAGGGGUCGUUACUAUCCCGAACGCCGCUCUCGGAUAUGAUCAUACUCAAUCGAAGAAAAUUUUACAUCGCCAGACCGAAACCCGAACGAGGAAUUCAUGAGAGGGAGUUCGAAGGAAGUUCUAGCAUUAAGAAGACGAUUUUGAAAGUGACGGUACAAAAAUCAACCAACAAGUUAUUGUUUGCCCAAUCGAACAACGACUUCGUUGAUUUCCUUUGUAGCUUGCUCACUUUCCCUCUCGGAGGAGUCGAGUACCACUUGUGCAACAACACCCCUUUUAAGGGUAUCGACAAUUUAUACACGAGCUUAGCUGAUUUUAUCGGUGACGAGUAUUUGGCGAAUGCAGAUAUAAGAAAGAGUCUAAUGAAACCGAGCCUACCUCAUGGUUACAUGUCCGAAAACAAGAUUCUUCCUCUCGUUGGAAAUACGGAUCCUCGAUUAUUUUACCACAAAGGCUUGGGCAUGGAUGAAGAAUGGUUGUCUUAUUCCUCUCGCGAUUCUAAAUGUGCUCGUGCCAUCAAAUACCGGAACAACGGGGGGUAUUAUAUUAAUGGACGGAAAAUGUAUAUGGUGAGUGACGACUUAACUGUGACUCCUUUGUGUAUGAUUUCAAUCUUUUCGAUUCUGAAGGAUAUGAAGAUUACUUUAUCUGAUGUGAAAGAAGUUGAGGUGCCUAUUGGAGUAGACGAGGGUUUAAGCAUCUUGAAGGCAUCUCUUACAUCGACUACUGCUCUAACCGAUGGUCUCAUGCUUAAUCCAGUGUUGAACAAAAAACCUAAGCAAGAACCCCGGGGAUACUUUAUGCAUUACUGAACAUUAGAAUGGCACAAUAGCGAAUUAGCUUAUUCGAUUUUUUUUUUUCAUGGCUGAAUCACCGCAGCAAAACGAUUAGACAAGUCGAAAAGAUGUUAUAGUCUGCUCCUCUGUAUCAAGAACGAACUUGUGGUGUAUUGAAAAUGUAAGAUUGAAGUGCAGUUUGAGUGUUCUUUGGAGAAUUGGGCA